GUUUAGUGCCACUCUUCGCUCGCUCAACAUUAAAUCCCGAAAACUGUCUCGCCUUAUUGCAGCUCAUUUUAUACCAAAAACCGUGCAGAGAGGCAGCAAAUAGAUUUUACUCCCGAAAAAUUAAAAAAAAAAUUAAUUUGCUGUCGAAGUAGUGCUAUUAAUAGAAAUUAUUUCUAUAUAAAUAAUAUUAUCGGCGAGAAGUGAACUGAGGUUUAAAAUAUCAAUCGAAAAAUCAGUGAUAUCAAAUUUGGUGAUAAAUUGAAAUAAAAAAUAAUUCAAUUUAAAAGGAGAAAAGUUAUAUAAUCCACACACAAAGUGAAGAAAAACUUUCCGAUUUUUCGAAAAAAAAAAAUAAGAAGAGAAGAGAUAAAAGAAAAAUAGAAAUAUCCGAAAUAAUAAAAUCUUAACCGUGUGGUUUUUUUUAUUUUCAAAUUAAUUAUUAUAUAACACACAAAGUUUCUACUUGUUAUUAUUUUUUUAAUAUUCGAAAGAAUUCUUACGAAAUAUAAAAACUUUGGAUUGAAUUUCGUCUUAUGGGAUUAAAAUAAAAACGAAAAUAAUUGCGAAUAGAAAUGUCUCGCAAUCAGCAACAAGUUUCGAAACAAUUUUCCUCAUCGCAGGAAGUUGUUCAACAAUCACAACAACAACAAUUCUCAUCCCAGCAAAGAAUUGAACAAUCCUAUUCUACGAGACAAGUAACUCAACAAACCCAGCAAAGAGUUCAACAUGGUGGCUUCGUUCAACAGCAAAUAGCGGGUCCAACAACACCCAGCCAAACAACAGCUUCUGUUCAAUAUAUUCAACAGCCACCGUCAACUCCAACAUCAAAUUAUUCUCCACCGAUUUUCGAACAAAUCUUUAAGAAUGCGAGAUUUGCUCAAGGUGGAAAUGCUUUAUUUGAAGGAAGGCUUAAGGGAACGCCAAUGCCGGAAGUGUCAUGGACACGUAAAGGUUCCCCGCUUUUCGAUUCAAGUAAAUAUCGUAUGAGUUACAACCAAACUACUGGUGAAGUGACUUUGUUGAUUAAUCAUAUCGGGCCUGGAGAUGAAGGUGAAUAUACCUGCCGUGCCCGUAACGCAGUUGGCGAAGCAAUUUGUUCUGUCUUCAUUCAACCUGAAGGCUUUGCGCCGCCACAAUUUCAGCAAACUAAAAAAGAAUUCACCCAAUCAACUCAACAACAAAUUCAACAGCAACAACAGCAACGUUUGCUUCAACAGUCAUCAUCUAAGACUCAAUCUAAUGGAUAUACUUUCAGUUCUGUUGAAGAAGAAUUCAAAGUUGAUACUUUUGAAUAUAGAUUGUUACGUGAAGUUCAAUUCCGUGAACAAAUCACUCAACGUUAUGCUGGAGAAACUGAUUCUCAAUUAUCAAAUGUUGUUGAUAGAACCCUUGGACCAGUGGCACCACCAUUGAUCCAAGUGAAGCCAAGAAAUUCUAAAUUGAUUGAAGGAUCAGAUGCUGUCUUCUCAAUGAAGGUUUCAGCUAAUCCUAAACCACGUAUGAGUUGGUUCCAUAAUGGCCACCGAAUUGUUCCAUCUGAAGCGAAGCAUGAAAUGACUUACUCUAAUAAUCAAGCUACUCUUCGCGUUAAGAAUGCUUCCACUUCUGAUUCUGGUCAUUAUACAUUACUAGCUGAAAAUACGCAAGGUUGUGUUGUAUCAUCAGCUGUCUUGGCAAUUGAACCUGCACAAGAAGUUCGUGCUUUUACACCAGCUGUUGAUCCUUAUGCUGAAUCAAAUGAAACUGCUAAAGCUUUAGCACCAACAUUUGUUAAAGUUUAUCAAGAUCGUGAAACUCAAGAAGGAAAAAUGACACGAUUUGAUUGUCGUGUCACUGGCCGUCCAUAUCCCGACGUUACAUGGUACAUCAAUCAGGUUCCUGUUAAUGAUGAUGCUACUCAUAAAAUUCUAGUCAAUGAAUCUGGAAGUCAUUCAUUGAUGAUCACAAAUGUUAGCCGCUAUGAUGGUGGCAUUGUUACUUGUGUAGCUCGAAAUAAAUCUGGCGAAGUUUCAACUCAAGCCGGUUUGACAGUUCUUGAAAAAGAACAAGUUGUCGCCCCUAAAUUCGUUGAACGCUUCACAACUGUUAAUGUUCGUGAAGGUGAACCUGUUCGUUUGUCUGCUCGUGCUGUUGGUACUCCAGUACCAAGAAUUACUUGGCAAAAAGAUGGAGCUCAAGUAAUUCCCAAUGACAACAUGUACAUUGGAGUUGAUGGUGGAGCUACCGCUUUAGAUAUCCCACAAGCAAUGGCAAGUGACGCUGGUUGGUAUCAGUGCACUGCUCAGAACGUUGCUGGUUCCACUGCUACACGUGCUAGACUUUUCGUUCAAACAUCUAAGCAAGAAGUUGCUGAACAACGUCGCAUCAAUUUCCCUAAACCAACUCGUGUCAUUGAACCAGAACCUCCAUUAGAACCCGAAAUUAUUUAUUUGAGACACGUUGAACGUGCUAAGCCUCACUUAGCUCCAAUGGAAGAAGAUCGUGUUUAUCCACCCCCGCAAUUUAUCAUCCCAUUACGAGAUGUCACUCAAGUUGAAGGCGGAAAAGUUCAUUUCGAAGCUCGUAUUGAACCUGUCGGUGAUCCAACAAUGCGUGUUGAAUGGUUCUUGAAUGGCAACAUGAUUCAUGCAAGUUCACGUGCAAAUAGCACUUUCCAAUUUGGAUUUAUUGCUUUGGAUUUGAUUAGCAUAAUUAUUGAAGAUAGUGGAGAAUACAUUUGUCGUGUGACAAGCUCAACAGGUGUCGCUGAGUCAAGAGCAAUUUUACGUGUUACACAAAAACCAGCGAUUGAAAAAUCAACUCAACAUCCUUCCAGUUUAGAAUAUAUUCAAAAUUUGGAAGAUUAUUCAAAAUAUCAACGAAGUGAGAGUAUUGAAGAAUCCGUCAAUCAGAAGCCUCACUUUAUUCGUCCAUUGCAAGACUUGGGUGAAUUGGAAGAAGGCAAAAAUGCACAUUUUGAAGCACAACUUACUCCAGUCAGUGAUCCAACAAUGCGUGUUGAAUGGUACAAAGAUGGUCGUGCGAUUACUGCUAGCUCGAGAAUCACAGCAAUCUUCAACUUCGGAUAUGUCUCCCUUAACAUCAUGCAUCUACGGGCUGAAGACGCUGGUUCUUAUACAGUUAGAGCUGUUAAUCGUAUGGGCGAAGCCAUCAGUACUUCAACUAUUCGAAUCAUUACAAGAGAAACUGUCACUGGAGAUUUAGGAAUUGAUGAACAAAGACGUCACAUCGAGCAAUGUCAACAAUUAGAAGCUUAUCAACAAUAUCAAAACAUGAAAUUUGUUGAAGAACAACCCGAAUCGACUGUUCGUCCUGAAUUUAAGAGUCCAAUUAAAGAUCAAAUUAAUAUUCGUGAAGGAGGUUUCGCUCAUUUUGAAGCACGUUUGGAACCUAUCGGUGAUUCAACAUUGAGAGUUGAAUGGUAUAAAGAUGGAAAGUUGGUUGAAGCUAGUUCAAGAAUCACAUCGUUCUUCAACUUUGGUUACGUCGCUUUGACAAUCAAACAAGUCACUGUUCAUGAUGUUGGAACUUACACUUGUCGUGCUGUUAAUGCUGUUGGAGAAGCUACAACUCAAGCUCGUUUAACUGUCAUUACGAAGCAAGAUAUUAUUAUCGAAUCUCAGAAUCAGCUGGGUUUGGAGAAGAUUCAACAAUUGGAAGAUUCGACACGUUAUUCGAGAACGAUUAGACACGAGAAGCAACGCGAACAAGAAGAAAUCUUGAUGAAUAUCAAACCACGGUUUUUGGGUCCAUUAAAAGGAACCACAAAGAUCAUUGAGGGACAGCGAGCUCACUUUGAAGUGAGAGUUGAACCACAAAGUGAUCUCUCAAUGCAAAUUGAAUGGUAUCACAAUGGCCAACCAAUUAUGUCGGCCAAUCGCAUUCAAACUUAUCAAGAUUUCGGUUAUGUUGCUUUGGAUAUUUUGGGAGUUCGUGGCGAAGAUGCUGGCACUUAUACCGUCGUUGCACGAAAUAAUUUGGGAGAAGCUCAAGUUAGCGCCACAAUGUUGGUGGAAACUCGUUCAAGCAUUGACACAUCGACUUUGCAUCGCGGAACAUACGAAAAAACUCAACGAAUGGAGGAUUCGAAAUUUGUCGAGCCACAAUAUAAUAUCGAAGAAAUUUGUCGUUCGAAACCUUAUUUUACAACUCCGUUAUCGGAUCCACAACCAGUAAAUGAAGGAAGAAAUAUUCAUCUCGAAUGUAAACUGGAACCAAUCAAUGAUCCAACAAUGAAAGUUGAAUGGUUCCAAAAUGGUCGUCCCAUUACCGUCGGUUCACGUAUCCGAACAUAUUAUGACUUUGGAUUCGUCGCCCUUGACAUUAUUCAUGCAUCAUUGAUGGAUAUUGGUGAAUACACUGUACGUGCUACAAACCAACUUGGAUCUGCACACACUUCAGCAUGUGUUCGUGUUAUUGGAGAACGUGACGUCGUUACUGACACACAAAAUGAAAUGUCCUUGGAACAAAUUCAAUAUUUAGAAGAUGCGUCACGUUAUCGUCGUGGCACAUCGGAAGAUGUCACCAUUGCUCAAGCACCGACAUUCACUCGUCCAUUGCAUAACAUUGAAUCAGUUGAAGGAACAAAUGUUCAUCUUGAAUGUCGUCUUCAACCUGUCAGUGAUCCCUUCAUGAGAGUUGAUUGGUUUGUUAAUGGCGUUCCAAUCAAGACUGGUCAUCGUUUCCGACCAGCUCAUGAAUUUGAUUAUGUUGCUUUAGAUCUUCUCGGUGUUUAUGCUACUGAUUCGGGUGUUUACACAUGUCAAGCUCGUAAUCAACUUGGCGAAGCUGUCACUUCAUGUUCAGUAAGAAUCAUCGCCAAGAAGGAUUUGAUUUUAGAUUCACAAUACCCUGCAGGAUUGGAAAAGAUUCAAUAUUUGGAAGACACGACAAGAUAUCAACGUAAUGAAUUUGAAGAUGAGGUUGUCAACAUCAAACCUCGCUUCCUUACAAAACCUAAGAAUUUGGAAAAGAUGAGAGAAGGUGCUCAUGCUCAUUUCGAAUGUAAAUUAGAACCUGUCACUGAUCCUAAUCUUAAAGUCGAAUGGUUUAAAAAUGGUCGCCCAGUUACUAUCGGUCAUCGUUUCCGUCCAAUUCAUGACUUUGGAUAUGUCGCCUUAGAUAUUGUUGAUUUAAUUGCAGAAGAUACAGCAACUUACACUUGUCGCGCUGUUAACAUGAUUGGAUCUGACGAAAUUAGCUGCAAUCUUGUCUGUAAAGGAGGUGCACAAAUUCUUACAACGACACAAAAUGAAGUUGGUUUGGAACAAAUUCAAUAUUUGGAAGACAAGUCUCGUUAUCAACGUCAAGAAGAGAUCGAAGAAGUCUCAAAACAAGCUCCAAUCUUUACAACAUCAUUGAAGAAUAUUGAAAUUCGUGAAGGUCAACGUGCACAUUUUGAAUGUCGUUUGAUUCCAGUUUCAGAUCCACACUUAAGAGUCGAAUGGUUCCAUAACAAUGAACCAAUUAAAUCAGCAAUUGUAUUGGAUACACAACAUGAGUCUGCCCUUCAAAGCUUAAGAAUGUUAGAAGACACAUCGCGUUACCAACGUGAAGCUACUCAAGACGAUAUCAUCACACAAGCUCCUGUCUUCACUAUGCCUGUUCGUGACGUGAAGAUUAAUGAAGGACAACCUGUUCAUUUCGAAGCACGUCUCAUCCCUGUUGGCGAUCCAAAACUUAUUGUUCAAUGGCUUCGAAAUGGAAUUCCUAUUGAAGCUUCUAAUCGCAUAUCAACAAUGCAUGAUUUUGGAUAUGUUGCAUUGAACAUGAAAUAUGCAAAUCCAGAAGAUUCUGGCACUUACACAUGCCGUGCUAUCAACGAGUUGGGACAAGCUGUUACAUCAGCAUCAUUAAUUGUUCAAUCGAAAGCAGCUUUAGAUUUGCAAACACAAAAUGAAGGAGCUUUGGAGAAGAUUAACCAACUUGAAGAUCAUACACGUUACCAACGUCGUGAAGAUGAAGACGUCGUCGUUACUCAACCACCACGAUUCACUGUCAAUUUGAUGGGACCAAGUAACUUAAAAGAAGGGCAGUCAGCUCACUUUGAAUGUCGUAUUGAACCAUAUCCCGAUCCACAUCUCAAAGUUGAAUGGUUGCACAAUGGAAAACCAUUGCAAACCGGCCAUCGCUUCCGUACCGCUAACGAUUUUGGAUUCGCUGCUUUGGAUAUUUUGACUGUUUAUCCAGCUGACACUGGUGAAUAUACAUGUCGUGCAACAAACCGUCUUGGAAAAGCACAAUCGGCUGUUAAAAUGACAGUCUCGUCUCGUGCUGGCAUCGUUAGUGAAACUCAACAUGAAGGUGCUUUAGAGAAGAUCCAAUAUCUGGAAGAUGCUUCACGUUAUCAACGUCGUCCUGAUGAUGAUCAGUUUGUUGCUGAAAAACCACAAUUUGGACGACCUUUGAGAAAUGCAAACGUUAUUGAAGGUGUUCCAAUCCAUCUUGAAGCGACACUGAUUCCAGUUAAUGAUCCAACAAUGAAAGUUGAUUGGUUCUGCAAUGGACGUCCAAUCCCAGUUGGUUCUCGCUUUAGAACAACUUAUGACUUUGGAUUUGUUGCCUUGGAUAUUACUGAUGCACAUGCUGAAGAUACUGGAACUUAUAUGUGCAAAGCAAAGAACGCUGCAGGAGAAGCUGUUACAACUUGUGCUGUAAAAGUCACAGCGAAUAAAAUUUUAUACCUUGAAACAUUGGACGAAGAUCGUCUUAAGAAGAUUAAGGAACUUGAAAGCUAUCAACGACCACAAACAAUUGAAGAAGAAACUGCAGGUCAAAAGCCAAUCUUCUUGACACCAUUGACUAGUCUCGAGAACUUGAAAGAAGGCGAUUAUGCACAUUUAGAAUGUCGUGUUGAACCCAUCAAUGAUCCAAACUUGAAGAUUGAAUGGUUCAUGAAUGGAAAGGCAAUUCGUGCUGGUCAUCGCUUUAGAACAACUCAUGACUUUGGCUAUGUUGCUUUGGAUGUUUUAUAUGUUUACGGUGAAGACACUGGAACUUACAUGUGUCGUGCUUCGAAUAAACUUGGCGAAGCUGUCAGCACAUGCGAAAUUAAAGUUGUCAAUCGUCGCAGCAUCAUUUUAGAUUCUCAACAUCCAGAUGGCUUGGAAAAGAUUCAGAAACUUGAAGCACAAAGUCGUCAUUCAAGAAUUGAAGUUGAAGAUCAACCAGUGUCACCACCACGAUUUGUUACAGAAAUGCAUGGAACAUCGGAACUUAACGAAGGUCUUACAGCUCACUUCGAAGGUCAAGUUGAACCAAUUCACGAUCCAAAUCUUCGCAUUGAAUUUUAUCAUAAUGGAAAGCCAUUGCAAUCUGCUACUCGCUUCCAUACAACAUUCGACUUUGGAUAUGUUUCAUUGGAUAUUCAACAUGUUAUCCCAGAAGAUGCGGGCGAAUAUCUCGUCAAAGCUGUUAAUGCUCUUGGUCAAUGCAAGUCAGCCGUCGCUUUCAAAGUUAACGCUAAGGGAAGCAUAAUUUACGAGUCACAAAGACCCGAAGGUUUGGGUAAGAUCAAAGAAUUGGAAUCAGCAACUCCAUGGAAACGACCAGAAGCUGUUGAACCAGCCACCAAACAACGACCUGUCUUCACUCAACCAUUACAAAAUAUCGAUUCAGUUCCAGAAGGAAAGAACGCUCACUUUGAAUGUCGUGUUAUCCCAGUCGGUGAUCCAACAUUGAAGAUUGAAUGGUUCCGUAAUGAGAAGCCUUUAGAAGAUAGUUCUCGUAUCACAACACAACACGACUUUGGCUACGUUUCUAUGGAUAUUGCACAUGUUAGAGAUGAUGAUGAAGGUGUCUACAUGUGCCGUGCUACCAAUCCACUUGGUGAAGCAGUCACAACAGCUUCGAUGAAGAUCAACUCAAAAUCUGGAAUCAUAUUUGACACUAACCAUCCUGAAGGAAUGAAGAAGAUCAUGAAACUUGAACAGCCACUCUCAGCUCGUCCCGAUGAACCUGACAAGACUUUCGAGAAGCCCAUCUUUACUCAAUUACUUACUGGACCUACAGAAAUUUGGGAGGGACAAGCAGCACAUUUCGAAGCACGUGUUGUACCCGUUGGCGAUCCUUCAUUGCGUUUUGAAUGGUCUGUCAAUGGUCAACCACUUAAACUUGGAACUCGAAUUAAAACCACUCACGAUUUUGGAUUUGUCACAUUGGACAUCACUGGUGCCGUGCCAGAAGAUGCUGGUGUUUACACUUGCAAAGCUAUCAAUAACUCUGGCGAAGCUGUGUCUUCCAUUUCAAUGAAAGUUCGAUCAAGAGCAUCAAUCAUUGGUGACAGUUUAUUGCCGGAAUCAUGGGAGAAGAUUCAAUUGAAGGAAGCUGCAUUAAAUCGUGCACCCGAACCUUUCCCAGAAGCAGCAGCUCAACAAGCUCCAGUCUUUAUUCAAAAUUUGCAAAGUCACGAUAAACUUAGCGAGGGUCAACACAUUUUCCUCGAAGCAACUGUCGAACCUAAAGCUGAUCCAAACUUGCGAAUUGAAUGGUUCAAAAAUGGUGUGCCACUUACAACUGGUGCUCGUAUCAAGAGUACUUUCGAUUUUGGUUUGGUUGGAAUGUCAAUCAAUUCAUUACGUUCAGACGAUUCUGCUAUUUACACAUGCAAAGCAACAAAUCUCGUUGGAGAAGCUGUUUCAACAUGCACACUUAAAGUUGAAGACAGACAUUGGUUGUUGGGUGAAACUUUACAUCCCGAAGCAAUGUCACGAAUUUCUGAUUUGGAAGCACCACGAAUGGGAAAGAUUGGAACUGAAGAACCAGUCUUUGAAUCUCCCGUUUUCAUCACACAUCUUAACAAUGUUGAAUGUCGCGAAAAUGACAACGCACACUUCGAAUGUAAUGUUGAACCAUCGAAAGAUCCAACAAUGAAAAUUGAAUGGUUUGUUAAUGGAAAACCUUUACCAGCUGCUGCACGUUAUAAGACAGCAUAUGACUUUGGGUAUGUUUCUUUGGACAUUAUUGGUGCUUAUCCUGAAGAUUCUGGAAUUAUCACAUGCAAAGCAACAAACAACAAAGGCAGCGCAUCAACUUCAGGUUCACUUAAAUGCACAGGUGGUGCUACAAUGUUCUUGGAUACACAACAUCCACAAGGCAAAGCUGGAUUGGAAGCAGUUGAAGGAACUGAGAGACAAAUCGCUGAGAAAAACAAACGCCCAGUGACUGAUGCUGAGAAGGAUUAUGGACCACCUGUUUGGAUUGUCUCAGUUGAACCAGAAAAGCGACUUGGAGAAGCUCAACCACUUCAUUUGGAGGGUCAAGUAGAACCCAAAGAAGAUCCAAAUCUUAAGCUCGAAUGGUAUUUCAAUGGAAAACUUCUCCCACAUGGUUCAAGAUUUAAAUUCGCGAAAGAUUUUGGUUUUGUUACUUUCGAUUGUACUGACAUGUACGACCGCGAUCAAGGAAUUUACACAUGCAAAGCUUUCAACAAGAAAGGAGAAGCUUUCACAACUUGUACUGUUUAUUGUUCAACCAAGGAAGGUCUUAUCGAAAGAACUCAACAUCCUAAAGGAACUGAAGGCUUGGAAGCCAUUCAAGACUUGGAAGAUUCAUUGAAGAAAUCACCAAGUGGUGCAAUGGAACCAGAAGAUGGCAUGGCACCAAGAUUCACAUCAGAAUUCACACCCAUCAGCAAUAUCGUCGAAGGAAGCGUCGCUCACUUUGAAGCAACUCUUGUGCCAACUGGAGAUCAAAGUAUGGUCAUCGAAUGGUUCUUCAAUGGGAAACAAAUCGAAGCUAGUCAUAGAAUUCGCACUGUUUAUGCAUUCGGCAUUGUUAUCCUUGAGAUUUUAGGAACUAAGAUUGCCGAUUCUGGUACUUACACAUGUCGUGCUACUAAUAAAUAUGGACAAGCAGAACUCAGUGUUGAUUUAGGAUGCGUUGACAAAUCAGCUGGUCAACCACCCAAAUUCACCACACAAAUUCAAAAUCUUGCCGGACUCAAAGACGGUCAAUCAGCUCACUUUGAGUGUACUUUAGAACCUGUUGGAGAUCCUGACAUGAAGGUUGAAUGGUUCCAUAAUGGAACACCAAUGCGUCAUUCAACUCGCAUCAAACCAGUUUCAGAUUUCGGUUAUGUGCUUCUUGACAUCGCUUACGUUCAAAGUCAUGACUCUGGAGAAUAUAUUUGCAAAGCUACUAAUAAAUAUGGUGAAGAUUACACGAGAGCUACCAUUCAAUGCUUCGGAAAGAGUGGAGUGUUCUUUGACACUCUUCAACCUGAAUCAUUGGCUCGUAUUCGUGAGCUUGAAAGUUUAGGUCAAGGAGGUCCACAAGCCCCAUCAAGUCCAACUGGCGAACCUCCUAAAUUCACUAAACAAAUCACAAGUCUUGAUAAGCUUGUUGAAGGUCAAAGCGCUCAUUUUGAAGCUCGUCUUACACCUGUCAACGAUCCAGAUUUACAUGUUGAGUGGUACUGGAAUGGCAAAAAGCUUCCACAUGGUCAUCGUUAUCGUACUUUCCACGACUUUGGAAUUGUAAUUUUGGACAUUUUGUACUGUUAUGAAGAGAACUCAGGAGAAUUUGAGUGCAGAGCGUCGAAUAAAUAUGGCAGUGACUCAACUAAAGCCACGCUCCGUUGCAUCUCAAAAGCCAAUCUUAUUUUGGACUCGCAACUACCAAGAGGCAUGGAAGGAGGAUUGGAAAAGAUUCAAAAUUUAGAAGAUUCGCACAUACGCGAUCGUGAUGAACGAUCGAUUGAAAGAGGGGGCAAAGCUCCUGUGUUCACAGUACCAUUGUCCAAUGUUGACGGCUUACGUGAAGGUGAAAGUUCUCACUUUGAAGCUCGCUUGACACCAACCGACGAUCCAAAAUUAAAAGUAGAAUGGUUCUGGAAUGGAAAACCAUUGAAGACCGGCUCACGUUUCCGAACUUUCUGUGACUUUGGAUUUGUUAUUCUUGAAAUUUCACCAGUUUAUCCAGAAGACUCUGGAGAAUAUUCUUGUCGUGCUACAAACGACUAUGGUGAAGCAGUCACUACAUGUUCAAUGAAGGUUCAAGGAAAACGCAGCAUCAUUUACGAUUCACAAUUACCAAAGGGAAUGGAAGGCACCAUUGAUAAGAUAGCUGAAUUAGAAGGCUUAGGUGGAGCACCAGGACAACCAACAACAGAAGACGAUUCUGGCAAACCACCAGAGUUCAUCACAUCUCCCACUGAUCUUGUUCUUGGAGAAAACUCUUUGGCACACUUUGAGUGUCGUCUCACUCCUAUCAAUGAUCCUAGCAUGAGAGUUGAAUGGUAUCACAACGGAAAAGCUUUAUGGUCCGGAUCACGUAUCAAAACCAUCAACGACUUCGGUUUUGUCAUUUUGGAGAUUGCGGGAUGUUAUCAACGUGACGGUGGCUUGUACACUUGUAAAGCAACAAAUAAGCAUGGCGAAGCAUCUGUGUCGUGUAAACUUGCUGUUAAAGGACGUCAAGGUAUCAUCAUGGAACCUCAAUUGCCUUCAAGCUUCCGCACUGGAACUGAAGCAAUUCAAAAACUUGAAGAAAAUCUUCAUAAACGUGAAGAAAUUUCUAUUGAUGAUGAAACACCAAAUCCACCACGUUUCAUAAUUGAAAUCAAAGAUAACGUUGACAUCCCAGAAGGUGGCCCACUUCACUUCGAUUGUCGUGUUGAACCAGUUAAUGAUCCAACAUUGAGAAUCGACUGGUAUCACAAUGGACGUCCAUUUGCGACUGGAUCACGUGUUCAUAUGUUGAAUGAUUUCGGAUUUAUUGCUUUGGAUAUGGAUUACAUUUAUGUCCGCGAUUCUGGUGUUUAUGAAUGUCGUGCAACUAAUAAAUGGGGAUCAGCAUCAACCAUUGCUAAAGUUACAGUUAAAUCAAAGACUAACAUUGUAACAGAUUCUCAACUCCCCGAAGGAAUGACAGCAGAGAAGUUGAAGGAAUUAGAACGUGGACCAGUUGCAGAAGCACCUAAAGAUGACCGUACUUUCGGACCACCUAAAUUUAUCACACAUAUUCAAUCACUUACUGUUGAUGAAUCUGACCCAGUUCGUUUUGAAUGUCGCGUUGAACCAAAGGAAGAUCCAAGACUUCGUAUCGAAUGGUAUCGUAAUGGAAAGCCAUUGCCAUCUGGUCAUAGAUUUAGAACACUCUACGACAUGGGCUUCAUUUCCCUUGACGUUCUUUACGUGUAUGCUGAAGAUAGUGGAGAAUAUGUUUGUCGUGCUGUUAAUGACUUUGGUGAAGACACAACCAAGGCGUUCGUCACAUGCAAGAAAUUACCAAACAUUAUUUUGCAUAACCAAGUUCCAAAAGGAAUGCAAAAAUCUGAAACAUUUAUGCAAAUGGAAGCAACAAUUAAGAAGUAUACAACAGAAAUUUUCCUUACUGAAGACGAUCUCUUUGAUCCCGAUCGCAAGCAACCACCACGAUUUGUUACACAAAUUCAAACUCAAGAUAAAUUGGUUGAAAUGCAAGACACUAAAUUUGAAUGUCAAUUGGCACCUGUUGGUGAUCCAAACAUGAGAGUGGAAUGGUUCUUCAAUGGCAAACCUUUACCAUUUAAGAAUCGUUUCACACCAAUUUAUGAUUUUGGUUAUGUCGCGAUGAUCUUUGGGUGGGUUUAUCCUGAAGAUUCUGGCGAAUAUUUGUGUCGCGCAACAAACUUGUAUGGAAUGGACGAAACACGCGCUUUCAUCAAGACAACUGGAAAGCCUGGAAUUAUCUACGACUCUCAACUUCCAAAGGGAAUGAAGAGCUUGAAACAAAUUCGAGAAAUUGAAGCCUAUCUGAAUCGUGUGCCAGAAGAAAGGGUUGAAAAAGAGAAGGAAAAGAUGAAGCCAACUUUCGUUCUUUCUCCAGACCCUGUCACAGUCGAAGAAGGUGAAUGGGCGAGAUUCUGCUGUCGUGUUACGGGACAUCCAAGACCUCGUGUUAUGUGGCUUAUUAAUGGUCACACUGUUGUUAAUGGUCAACGUUAUAAAUUAUCUUAUGACGGAAUGUAUCACUUUGAUAUCCCAAAAAGCCGACAAUACGACACUGGAAAAAUUGAAGUCAUUGCACGUAACUCUGCUGGUGAAGCAAUCACGUCAACUGAACUUCAAGUAGUUUCUCGCAAGGACGAUUAUCGUGCAAUUUUGAAGAACUCACCACGACCAUGGUAUGACUAUGAUCUUGUUGCGUAUCAAAAGGAACGAAAUGUAACAGAUUUAGAGAAAACAUUUGAUGACCGUUAUCAGCAUUUGCAAGAACAUGGUGGUAUUGAUCUCAAUGCUGUGCAUUUGAAGGCAAAGGUCAUUAAACCAGAUCAACCUGAUUGGCAGAAGACCGUCAAGAGCAAGAAGAAUGAAGAUUAUUACACUAAACUUCAAGAAUUGGAGAAUGAACAACUCCUUAAAGAACAACGCACUCGUGAACAAAAUCACCAAUUUGCAAUUCCUGGAGACGCUGUUGGCAAAACUUCAUUAGCUAAAGGAAUGGCUUCUCAAUACGAGAAACAAAUUGAUCAAUCUGAUGAAGUCAAUGGACAGGUUGAUGGGCCACCAAGAGCAAGAAUAUUACCAGAUCCUUCUGAAUCAACUGUUCAUGGAAAAGAAAUUCACGUUUCAAAACAAAAACAAACUCAAAAAGAAAGAAUUGGAGAUAAAGAAAUUACUAGAAAAAUCACUGCAACAGAAACAACUGAAAUGGAGCACAAAGGCACAACACAAGAGCGUGUCGUCGAUGGUCCCGUUAAACCUUCAGUUCCACCUGUAUUCACAAAGAAAAUUCAACCAUGUCGUGUUUUUGAAAACGAACAAGCACGUUUUGAAGUUGAAUUUGAUGGUGAACCGAUGCCAAAGGUCAAGUGGUUCCGUGAGAACUUCCAAAUCAACAAUUCAAAUGACUUCCAAAUUCAUACAUUUGGAACUAAAUCUGUUCUUAUCAUGCGUCAAGUGUUCGUAGAAGAUUCAGCAGUCUUUGCUGUCGUCAUUGAAAAUCGUGGUGGAACUGCUAAAUGCAGUGCCAAUCUGGUUGUUGAAGAAAAGAAAAGCAAGGGACGUACUGGAGGGCCAAUACCACCUUCAUUCUUGACUACAAUUCAAGACACUUCAGUUAUCGCUGGUCAACUUGCACGAUUCGAUGCAAGAAUUUCUGGAACAAAGCCUUUGGAUGUUUAUUGGUUGAAGAAUGGAAAGAAAAUCGCACCAAACAUUAAGUACAAGAUUCUUGAAGAAGACAACGUCUUCACUCUUCUCAUAAUUGAAACAUAUCAAGAAGAUUCUGGUAAAUACGAAUGUGUUGCAAUCAAUUCUGGUGGUGAAGCGCGCUGUGAUGCAGUAUGCAGUGUUGAAGUUCCACCUUCACCUAAAGUUGAAAAGCCGACAACACCUGGAGCUCAAAAGAAACCAAUCAUCACAGAACCAUUGAAAGAUCAGAAAACUUCUGAAGGUCAAACAGUUGUUUUCAAGACGAAAGCUGUUGGAAAACCUGUACCUGUUGCACAAUGGUACAAAGGCGAUAAAAUUAUAAAGCCAUCUAAAUACUUCCAAAUGAACAAGGAACGUGACUAUUACAGCUUGAAAAUCUCAGAAGCUUUUCCUGAAGACGAAGGUGUUUACAAAUGUAUGAAAACUGAAGGAAAUACUGUCUCACUACUUAUCACUAACACUUACGAAGAAGAUUCAGGUGUUUUCACAUGUCGCAUCACAAACUCUGUUGGACAAGUUGAAACUUCUGCAAAAUUGAUCGUCAAAAAACGCAAGACAGUAACAAAAAGAAUAUCAGCAGAAAAGAUUGGAAAGCAAAGUUCAAACUAUGGUGAUGAAGUUGAUACAACCGUAUCACAAAGAAUUGAAAAUCAAUCUGAUACUCAAUUUAUUGGUUCAGGGGCAUCAAAAGAAAGUGUUCAAGAUGCCGACAUUCUUUUGAUUGGUGAUGAAACAUUACCCUGGAGACAAAAUCGAAUAAAACCAUGGAAUGAACAAAGUAUUCAAUUGAAAAAACCCCCCCGUCAGUUAAAAGAAAUUCCAAAGGAGCAGCUAGAAACAGUAGAUUUGAAGCCAUCGAAAAUUCAAAAAGGUCUGAUAGAGAAACCUAAACUUGAUGAAGUAAACCUAAAACCUCAAUUCAAAUCAUUCGAAGAGGAAAAUUUGCUGAAGGCAGAAGACAUUGAAGAUUCUCCAUUGAUGCAAGCUCUUCAAGAGCAUCAUGAAACAGAAGCUGAAAGGAGAAAACGAAUUUACAAAGAAAAAUAUGGUGACCAAGAAGAUUUAAAUAUUCUGCAUCUGAAGAAAGAGGAAGAAAUUGAAGAAAAAGACGAUCAGGAUAGAUCAAAAUAUACACCAUGGCGUCAGCCUAAAGCAAACGAAGAAGACACUAAAGAACAUGACACUAGUAAAGUGGCGGAAACUCUACCUUGGCGACGAGGUAAAAAAGAAAAGCCUCUAGAAGAGGUUCCUGAAGAAAAGACAUGGCCUUCAGGCAAGCGUCGUCCUAUUCAAACUGAACCUGUAGAAGAUGUUAAGCUUAAACCUAUUCCCAAAAAACCUGUUCAAGAAGAAACAAAACCAGAAGAAGUUUCUCUGAAACCUAUUCCAAGGAAACCAUUCUCUGAAACUACGUCAGAACAAGAGCCACAAGAAGAAACAUUGGAUCUUCCACAGAAGCCUUCUGAAGCCACUGAAGAGCCUCAAAAGGCACCAUGGCAACGUGCCACUGAAGAGCCUCAAAAGGCACCAUGGCAACGUGGUAAGAAACAAAAGCCUCAAGAAGAGGUUCCUGAAGAAAAGACAUGGCCUUCAGGCAAGCGUCGUCCUAUUGAAACUGAACCUGUAGAAGAUGUUAAGCUUAAACCUAUUCCCAAAAAACCUGUUCAAGAAGAAACAAAACCAGAAGAAGUUUCUCUGAAACCUAUUCCAAAGAAACCAAUCUCUGAAAUUCCAUCAGAACAAGAGCCACAAGAAGAAACAUUGGAUCUUCCACAGAAGCCUUCUGAAGCCACUGAAGAGCCUCAGAAGGCACCAUGGCGACGGGGUAAGAAAGAAAAGCCUCAAGAAGAGGUUCCUGAAGAAAAGACAUGGCCUUCAGGCAAGCGUCGUCCUAUUGAAACUGAACCUGUAGAAGAUGUUAAGCUUAAACCCAUACCUAGAAAACCUGUUCAAGAAGUAGCGAAGCCAGAAGAAGUUUCUCUGAAACCUAUUCCAAAGAAACCAUUCUCUGAAACUCCAUCAGAACAAGAAUCACAAGAAGAAACAUCAGAUCUUCCACAGAAGCCUUCUGAAGCCAUUGAAGAGCCUCAGAAGGCACCAUGGCGACGAGGUAAGAAAGAAAAGCCUCAAGAAGAGGUUCCUGAAGAAAAGACAUGGCCUUCAGGCAAGCGUCGUCCUAUUGAAGCUGAACCUGUAGAAGAUGUUAAGCUUAAACCUAUACCUAGAAAACCUGUUCAAGAAGAAACAAAACCAGAAGAAGUUUCUCUGAAACCUAUUCCAAAGAAACCAAUCUCUGAAACUCCAUCAGAACAAGAAUCACAAGAAGAAACGUCAGAUCUUCCACAGAAGCCUUCUGAAGCCACUGAAGAGCCUCAAAAGGCACCAUGGCAACGUGGUAAGAAACAAAAGCCUCAAGAAGAGGUUCCUGAAGAAAAGACAUGGCCUUCAGGCAAGCGUCGUCCUAUUGAAACUGAACCUGUAGAAGAUGUUAAGUUUAAACCUAUUCCCAAAAAACCUGUUCAAGAAGAAACGAAACCAGAAGAAGUUUCUCUGAAACCUAUUCCAAAGAAACCAUUCUCAGAAAUUCCAUCGGAACAGGAGCCACAAGAAGAAAUAUCAGAUCUUCCACAGAAGCCUUCUGAAGCAAUUGAAGAGCAUCAGAAGGCACCAUGGCAACGUGGUAAGAAACAAAAGCCUCAAGAAGAGGUUCCUGAAGAAAAGACUUGGCCUUCAGGCAAGCGUCGUCCUAUUGAAACUGAACCUGUAGAAGAUGUUAAGCUUAAACCUAUACCCAAAAAACCUGUUCAAGAAGAAACAAAACCAGAAGAAGUUUCUCUGAAACCUAUUCCAAGGAAACCAUUCUCUGAAACUACAUCAGAACAAGAGCCACAAGAAGAAGCAUUGGAUCUUCCACAGAAGCCUUCUGAAGCCACUGAAGAGCCUCGAAAGGCACCAUGGCAACGUGGUAAGAAAGAAAAGCCUCAGGAAGAGGUUCCUGAAGAAAAGACAUGGCCUUCAGGCAAGCGUCGUCCUAUUGAAACUGAACCUGUAGAAGAUGUUAAGCUUAAACCUAUUCCCAAAAAACCUGUUCAAGAAGAAACGAAACCAGAAGAAGUUUCUCUGAAACCUAUUCCAAAGAAACCAUUCUCUGAAACUCCAUCAGAACAGGAGCCACAAGAAGAAACAUCAGAUCUUCCACAGAAGCCUUCUGAAGCCAUUGAAGAGCCUCAGAAGGCACCAUGGCGACGAGGUAAGAAAGAAAAGCCUCAAGAAGAGGUUCCUGAAGAAAAGACAUGGCCUUCAAGCAAACGUCGUCCUAUUGAAACUGAACCUGUAGAAGAUGUUAAGCUUAAACCUAUUCCCAAAAAACCUGUUCAAGAAGAAACGAAACCAGAAGAAGUUUCUCUGAAACCUAUUCCAAAGAAACCAUUCUCUGAAACUCCAUCAGAACAAGAAGAAGCAUUGGAUCUUCCACAGAAGCCUUCUGAAGCUACUGAAGAGCCUCAGAAGGCACCAUGGCGACGAGGUAAGAAAGAAAAGCCUCAAGAAGAGGUUCCUGAAGAACAGACAUGGCCUUCAGGCAAGCGUCGACCUAUUGAAACUGAAUCUGUAGAAGAUGUUAAGCUAACACCAGUACCUAGAAAUGAAUUAACAGAAACAAUUGCCCCUGUGGUAGAAGAAGAAGAAUUGACGGAAGGUGUACCAAAAGACGAAGAAGAAGUUGUAAUUCUUGAGCCCGAAAUACUUGAUGAAGAACUUAGUGAACCAGAAAUAGAAAAAGAUGAAAUAGUGGAGCAGGUGACAGAGAAGAGAAGACGAAGAAGAAAGCAUAAGGAAAAAUCUCAAAAAGCACAGCAAGUUGAUGGUGAUAAUGAAGAGAUAAAGGAACAAUCUAUUGAAGUUCCUGAAAAGGUCAAACCAAAGAAAGAGAAGCGUGUUGCUUUCAGAGAAGAAUUAAGCACAAUUGAAAUACUAUCUGACUCAAAUGAUGAGCCACUUGAAAAUUACAAAGACAACCUUGAAUUGGAAACAGCGUCAUUGAAACCUUCUUUGAAGAAACCUAAAAAGCUUGAAUCGAAAGAGUUGGAAGAAGUUGUUGAUGAUAGAGAGUUCAAAAAGGAUACUCAAGUAACUGCAACAUCUCAAGCUGUUAGAAAACUCCACAAAAAAAUUCUAUUUGAUGAUAGUCAACCAAUUCCUGAGCUUGAAAUUAUUUCACAGAAGCGACUUCUUGAAGGCCUUAACAAAAUAGCAGAUGAAAAUAUUAUUGAGGAGAAACUUCUUAAAGAAUCUAAAACUCAAAUAUCCAGUAAAUCACUUUUGGAAAAAUCUCAAGUGAAAACAUCUGUUGCAAAUAUAAAACCUCCAAAGUUCAUUCAAAAACUUCAGCCAGUUAUAUCGGAACCAGAGAAAUCUGUUGUAUUACAAGGCGAGGUUGAUGGUCAACCAUUCCCUGAUAUAAAAUGGUUCUUUAAUGAAAACGAGCUUUCAAAUUCUGAGCAUUACGAAAUGAUUGCUGAGAAGAAAAAUGUUCUCUUGAAAAUUAACCAAGUGAAAGAAUCUGAUAUCGGAAUUUACACUUGUCAAGCUAUUAAUCCUGGAGGUGUCGCUACGUCAAGGACUAACGUUAUUGUUCAAGAACCUGAAGAAAUUGGUGUUGCACCAACGUUCAUUACACCAUUGAAAAUAACAGUUCCUGAAGAUAAGGACAAGGCUGUUGUAACUUGCCAAGUCCAUGGAAUACCUAAACCAACAGUCAAAUGGUACAAAGAAGAUCUCGAAGUUGUACCAAGUACUGAUAUUCAAACAAUUUACGAUGAAGAAACUGGCUAUGUUACACUGGAAGUUUUCAAUCCUGAAACUAACGUUCCCGUUAACUACAUAAUUAAAGCUGAGAAUAAUUUUGGAAAAGCUAUUGGAAAGGCAAAUGUAUUUAUCCAAUCAAUCAUCAUAGAGAAAAAAGCUGAAAUACGAGCUCCAAAGAUUUUAACACCUUUACAAGCUCAAGUUCUUAAAUCUUUAUCAACUCUUAAAUUUGAAUGUAAAUAUGACGGGCUACCGACACCGACAAUAAAAUGGAUUAAAAAUGGAAAAGACUUGAUUAUAGAUGAAAAUACAACAAUUGAAACAAUUGAUUACACUAGUAAAUUAGAAGUUCGUAACAUCAAUAAGAAGAAUGGAGGAAAAUAUGAAAUCAUUGUUACGAACAAAGCUGGUGAAGCAAAAUCUUCAGGAUCUGUUGUUGUGUCCGAUGCCCAGGAAACUGAAAAGGUUAAAGCUCCAAGAUUCGUGGAACCUCUGACACCAAAGACUGUUACAGAAGCAGAAGUUGUUAUUUUAGAAGCAACAGUAGAAGCAUUCCCAACUGCUUCAUUCCAGUGGUUUUAUAAUAAUACUCCAAUUGUGUCAUCCCAUGAAACACGAAUAGCAACAACUGAAAAUAAAUCAAUUCUCAUUAUCGAAACUUUCAAACCAACCCAUGUAGGUUCAUAUACAUGUCGUGCAGAGAAUGUCGCCGGAUCAGUAACGUCUACUGCAACAGUCAAUCUACUUCAACCAUUUGAGACUGAAGAGGUUGAAGAGUUUAUUUCUCCAAGAUUCAUUGAGAAGAUUGAAUCAGCACGUGUGAUGGAUGGAGAGAAAUUAGUUCUAACCGCCAAAAUUCAAGGCAUGCCAAUACCAAAGGUUGAAUGGCAACAUAAUGGAGAUACUGUUAAUGAGUCCAAAGACAUUUUCACUCAACAAGAUAAUUCCGGUCUUUGUAUUUUAACUAUUAAUGAGGUCUUCCCAGAAGACGCUGGGGAAUAUGCUUGCAUCGCUACUAAUAAAAUUGGAGAAGCAAUUUCGAGAUGCAUUGUUUCAGUCGACGCUUAUGAAUACGUUCAAGACUCUGAAAUAACGGGACCUACAGUACAAAGUGGAUCGGAAGAAGAUUUGCUUGAAAAGACUCUUUCUCAAUUAUCACCAGACGAAUCAUUGUCUCAUCCAUUUGCACCUAAAAUAGUAAAGAAACUUCCACAAAAAGUUGUUUCCCAAGAUAAGCAAAUGAUGAAGUUUGAAGUCAAAGUAGUUGGACAUCCCAAACCAGAUGUUAAAUGGUAUAAAGAAAGUGAAGAAAUCGUACCUUCAGAAGAAUUCCAAGUUGAAAACUUGGACGAUGGUACUUCAAUUUUAAUCAUCAAUGAUGUUUAUCCUGAUGAUACUGGAGAAAUUAAGUGUGAAGCUUACAAUUCUGUAGGCACUGCUGAAACUACAACACAGUUUGUGGUUGAAGAAAUUAUUGGCACGAAGGAGUAUAGAAAACCUGAAUGGGUAUCAGAAAUGGAAGAAAUGCAGGAAGCUCUCAAUGCUGCUUAUACAUUGCCUUCAUUUGAUACUGAGCCCAAGAAUGUAAGAACAAUUGUUGGAGCUAAAGCUAAAUUCAAGCUUAUAUUCUCGGGUAAUCCAACGCCAGCAAUUAUUUGGUAUCAUAACAAUAAAGCCUUGACGCAUGGAGAAAGAUUUAAAAUAUUAACAAAAGAAAACAAAUCAACACUCAUUAUAAAAUCCGUUGAGACUGAUGACUUUGGAUAUUAUGUUUGCAAAGCUUUAAAUAACUCUGGCGAAAUAUUAACAAGAGCUAAACUAACCGAAUCUUCAAAAGCUUAUAUGACUCAAGAGGAAGUUGAGGAGAAUAGGCAGAAAAUUGAGAAAAAGUAUGCUUCUAAAAAAGCUAAAAUAACACGAAAAGCAUUACUAACUGAAGGAAAAUCUUCUAGUUCUGUUAAUGUUGAGGCAACUGUAGAUUCUAUGCCAUCAAGAACAAGCAGAACUUUUACUACAAAAAGUGAAAAUGUUCAUGCUGAAGCUUCAUUUAAAACAAAACAUGUAAAUAUUCCUAAAGAGAUAAGAAAAGAAGAUGUUUCUUCAGAAUUAACAAUAACAAAACAUGAAAAUGUUAUGGUUCAGCAAAUUGAGACCACAUUUAUUAAAGAAACAGAACACAAACUAUGCGAGCAAAUGAUAACAAUUACUAAUCAUAGUGACAUAGACAGUUUAAAGAAUUCGAAUGAAGUCAAUCAAAUAAUUGAAAGAUUUAAAAAUAAGGAAUUUUCUUCGAAAAUGUCUUCAAUAAAAGAUCUGGCAACAAUUUCAGUAAUUUCACAAAAAGGCAUAAGCACUGAAGAAAUCGAGAAUCUUUUUAGGCUUAAUUUUUUCCCUGAUCUUAAAACACCUGAAUCCCAGAGUGCAAUUGUACAACUGCUUGAAAGGCAUGGACAAGCUUCUCUUGUUUCUGAAGAGCUUUCAGGAAAUACUGAGAACGAAGAAGAUUUUGUCGCCACAGCAGGCUUCAGAGCUUUCUUAAAACUGAUUAAAUCUGAAUCUGUCAAUGUAGAAGAAAUUGUCCUUUCUCUGUGUCCCGAAGAUUUUAAUUCGUGUAACUGGAAAGAAGAUAUUUCAAAAUAAAUAACUUAAAUAAACUUUAUUUGAUAACUUUAUUAUAGUGAAAAAACUCAAAAAUAAUAAACUUUUACUUAUUAUCAUUAUGACUACAUAAAUUAUAUUCUUUUAA